AUGGCAGUUUUUGUUCUCACAACCCUUGAUAGUGUCCAGUGUCCUUUGGGAACUCCAAGCCAGGAAUCCAUUAUUGCUCUUUUCAAAGGCUUUGGAGGACGACCAAUAGGCUGCCUGGGAUUUCUGACGUUGCAGAAGUUGCAGUGCACGGUGAAUUUUGUCUUUGUUGUUUCGGUGGGCGGCGGUGAGGGCGCGGAGGUGUGCCAGAUGGCGGCGGGGGCUGGGGCGGGGGUUCCAGGUGUUGGAGGAGGAGUUGUUGGAGGAGGAGUUGUUGGCGUGGUAGUUGGAGGGGGCGAGGCGGAGGGGCUGGCGGGCGACGUGCUGCCAGCGCUGGAGUGCCCCGAGUGCGGCAAGCUGUUCUACGGGCGCAACCGGCGGCAGCUGGUGGAGCGCCACCGCAUCAUCCACACGGGCGAGAAGCCCUUCCAGUGCCCGCUCUGCUUCAAGCGCAUGAACGUCAAGCACCACCUGACGCGCCACCUGCGCACCGUCCACCUGAGCCAGUGGGAGCACCUCAAGAGCCUCAACCUGGUCUAGGCGGCGGGCGGCCAAGGGCGGGCGGCUCGCAUCAGGGUGUGUGUGUGUGUGUGUUUGUUUGUCGAAUAUGCGUGCGUGCGUGCGCAUUCGUAACAUACACAUAUACACAUACAUGUGCUU